CAUUUUGAACAGUUGGUGAAAGCAAUAAUGGUGGCCUCUGAAUCGUCUACUUUUUGAAUGAUUGAAAGAUAGUUCACCGAAAGUGUAGAGAAAUUUCCUCUGUGCUAGCUUUUUACUUCUGACUACUUUCCUGGAAAAUGUAUGCUUAGGUUUUUUACUUGGUGUUCUUUCAUUCUGGUGAAGAAUAUAAGUUUAUUCAAAAUAGAAGAGCUAAGUUGCUGAGGGCAGAAAGAGAGCUGAAAAACUGAUUGGGAAGUGUCUAUUGAUAUAUUUACUCGUCCAAGUUCUAACCAGGCUUUAAUAUGGCUGCUACUUCUUCUUGCUCUGCUAUCAUUCCUCGGGAGAAAUAUGAUGUAUUUCUUAGUUUCAGAGGCGAGGACACCCGGAAUACUUUUACCAGCCAUCUUUAUGAGGCUUUACGUCGGAGCAAAAUCCAAACUUACAUAGAUUACGAUUCGGAGAGAGGAGAUGAAAUCGAACCUGCCCUUCUCAAAGCAAUCAGUGAAUCGAAGCUUUCGGUUAUCAUUUUCUCCAAAAACUAUGCUUCUUCUGGAUGGUGCUUGGAAGAACUUGUGCACAUACUCAAAUGCAGAGAUAAACAGUUUGUUAUACCCAUCUUCUACGGCGUAGAUCCAUCAGCCGUACGCAAACAAUUUGGGAGUUAUGCGGAUGCAUUUGUUGAACAUGAGAAACGUUUCAAGGACUCAAUGGACAAGGUGCUCAGGUGGAGAAAGGCUUUGACAACAGCAGCCAAUAUAUCUGGGUUUGAUUCCCAAACAAUUAGGCCGGAGUCUGAUUUAGUUAAGAUUGUGGUCAAUGACAUUUUGGCGAAAUUGAAUUGCAAAUUGCAAAUCGCACGGGGUUUAGAGGGCCUGGUUGGAAUGGAAAAACACAUUCAACGAGUUGAAUUUUUAUUAUGUCUCAGCUCACUGGAUGUCCAGAUUGUAGGUAUUUGGGGUAUGGGUGGUAUCGGUAAGACCACCAUUGCUGAGGUUGUAUUUGCUCAUCUCUCUUCUCAAUUCGAAGCUUGCUGCUUCAUUGCAAAUGUUAGGGAGUCGGAGGCGAAACAUGGACUAAAUGAUUUGUGGAAUCAGAUUCUUCGUAAACUACUGAAGGAAGGAAAUCUAUGUAUGGCCACUUCAUCUGUUGUCUCAACUUUUGCAAGAGAGAGGCUUCGCCGUACAAAGGCCCUCAUUGUUCUUGAUGAUGUGAGUGAGUUUUCCCAAUUAGAACUUUUAGCUAGAGGUGAUUGCAAUCUGUUUGGCCCUGGAAGUAGAAUACUUGUAACAACCAGAAAUAAACGCAUAUUUAGGAAUAGUGUUGAUAAUGAUAAAAUAUAUGAGGUUAAGGAAUUAGCCUAUGAUGAAGCUCUUGAGCUCUUUCAUUUGAUAGCUUUUAGAAAUAAGUCUCCCCCGGGUGAUUAUACAACUUUUGCAAAAGAGGUGGUAGAUUAUGCUGGGGGCAAUCCAUUGGCUCUUACAAUCUUGGGCUCCGUAAUAUUCUGUCAUUGCAAGAGCAAAGAAGACUGGGAAGGUGAAUUAGUGAAAUUAAAAAAAUUUCCUAACAAAAAAAUCCAGAAUGUAUUGAGGUUCAGUUAUGAUGGAUUAGAAGAAAAUGAGAGGGAGAUAUUUCUCGAUAUCGCCUGUUAUCACAAAGGGAAGUAUAUUGAUGAGGCAAAAAGAAUUUUAGAUGCCUGUGGUUUUUGUGCCAAUGCAGGAGUAAAAAUUCUCGUUGAUAUGUCCCUCAUAUCCGUAGGUAAAUAUUCAACACUUACGAUGCAUGAUUUGAUACAAGAAAUGGGUUGGGAAAUUGUUCGUGAAAAACGCAGUAGAUUGUGGCUUGCAAAUGAUGUUCGUCGCGUACUGACAAAUAACACGGGUACUGAAGACAUUGAGUGCAUGUCCAUGAAUAUGGAUCUCAUUAAAGAUUUAUACGUGAAUGUUGCAUCCUUCGAAAAGAUGCAUGAGCUAAGAUUACUAGAUCUAUACUCAUGCUCGUACACCAGGGGUGUCAACAAAUUGCACCUUCCUCCAGGUUUCGAGUUUCUCCCUGAGGCCCUUAAAUAUCUGAGGUGGAAUUUCUAUCCUUUGACAUCUCUGCCAUCGAGGUUUUCUCCAGAAAAUCUUGUCGAGCUUGAUAUGCGCAACAGCCGACUUGAGCAACUUUGGAAUAAAGGCAUGCAGAUCAAUCUUGGGAGCAUAAAACGUAUCGAUCUUAGUUUCUCCGAGCACCUGGCUGAUGUUUCAGCUCUGAUUGAGAGUCCAAAUCUCGAGAGCAUUAACCUUUGGGGUUGUAAAAGUUUGGUUCAACUUCCUUCAUCGUUUCAGAAUCUUGCCAAGCUUACUUUUCUUAGUCUGUAUGGUUGCUCCAAUCUCAAAAUUCUCCCAGAGAUGCCAGGCAAUCUGGAAGUCUUAGGGUUGAGUCGGACUGCAAUAGAAGAAUUGCCUUCAUCAAUUUGGUCUCUCGAGAAGCUUCAUGAUUUGGAUCUUGAACUAUGUAAAAAGCUUAAGAAUCUUCCAAGCAGCACUUGUAGGUUGAAUUCGCUCCCAAAUAUUUGUCUAGAUGGCUGCCGCUCUCUUGAGUCUUUGCCUGUCGAGCUACCUUCUGGGCUGGAGUACCUGGAGUUGAGAAAUUGCAAGAGUCUUGAGUCUCUGCCUGUCGAGCUACCUUCUGGGCUGGAGUACCUGGAGUUGAGAAAUUGCAAGAGUCUUGGGUCUCUGCCUGUCGAGCUACCUUCUGGGCUGGAGUACCUGGACUUGACAAAUUGCAAGAGUCUUGUGUCUCUGCCUGUCGAGCUACCUUCUGGGCUGGAGUACCUGGAGUUGAGAAAUUGCAAGAGUCUUGGGUCUCUGCCUGUCGAGCUACCUUCUGGGCUGGAGUACCUGGACUUGACAAAUUGCAAGAGUCUUGUGUCUCUGCCUGUCGAGCUACCUUCUGGGCUGAAGAGACUGGACUUGAGAAAUUGCAAGAGUCUUGGGUCUUUACCGACGCUGCCAUGGCUUCUAGAACUGUUUGAUGCACAGGGCUGCACGGCACUAGAGACAGUCUCAAGUUCGAUGAGGACUGCACCCAUACAAGGUAGGGAUCAAUAUGUCAACCAUUCUGAAGGAUUCGAGGAACUUUUAUUUAUGAAUUGCGUGAAAUUGGAUCAGAGUGCACGGAGCAACAUAAUGGCUUAUGCACAGCUUAGAGUUAUGCGAAUUGCAACUGCAUCACGUCUCCUCAAUAAACGUUGUCGGAUUAAAAUUGUUUGUCCGGGAAAUGAAAUUCCAAAGUGGAUGAGGUAUCAAAGUGAGGGAUGUUCGAUAAAUAUCAAGCUUCCUCCUCAUUCGUUUCAUCAAGGCUUCCUCGGUUACGCUCUAUGCAUUGUGGUUGCUUUCAACAACUAUACGCCACCCGAUAUUGGCAAUUAUUCCUACUUUGGUUGUGAAAUCCAUCACAAAACUAACAAUAGUCACGAAGUUUGUUGGGAAGCCCUCCAUAUACCAGCUAUUCUCAUCAAUUCAGAUCAUGUGUUCGUGUGGUAUUUCUGCCCUAAAUUUGUUCGAUUAGAAAGUGCAAUCAAUCGUGAGGAUUGGAUAAAAGCAUCUGAGGCCUCUUUUGACUUCAAGUUGUACCAAAAUUUUAUUCAGACCCCAAAAGAAGGAAAUCUCUUUGACCCCUCCACUGUGAGGGUGAAAAGGUGUGGAGUCUCCUUGUUGUAUGCCCAAGAGACUGAAAAAUUACUUGGAGGCAUUGAUGAAGAUGAAGUUAUGGAACCAAAACAAGCAGUAGAAGAAGAAGAUAUCAUCAUCAAAACUAAGAGACGACGGGAUGAGUCUGAACUCAGUGGAAGUGGAACUGCAAGCUUCAUAGAAGAAUAUAACGACCAACUACCUCCCCAGAGUAGUAAAAGGAAAAUCAACAUCAUGUCAAAAAUUCACGUUCAUAUGCCAUUUUAUGUGUCACAAGCGACAGGCUUGAGAUCGUUGGAAGGAAUCAAAGCCAACUCACCGGAAAGGUGUUUGACGUAACACCUGAGAUAACGGAGUUAAGGAGAAAUAAGAGUGAGGAGGCCAGCUGUAAAGUCUGACUCUGGCUCUGCUGCGACUUUGACAAGGUGCCAACUUAAUCCCAUUCCAGAAGUACACUGGGAUCAAAUUGCCAAGCACCAAACAAUCCUGGUUUAACACAAGUCUGAACCUCAAGGAAUGUGAGAUGUUGUGUAUGAAGAACUGCUCCUGUACAGCUUAUGCAAAUUCCAAUAUCAGGGAAGGAAGAAGUGGGUGCUUGCUGUGGUUAGGUGAUCUGAUUGACUUAAGAAAUUUAACUGAGAAAGAGAAUGGGCAAGAUAUCCAUAUAAGAUUAGCUGCAUCAGAGCAAGAUAAUGAAGAGACUAGUACCCAAAUCAAUGCUAAACCUGCUAAAUCCAAUGUGAAGAAAGUGAGAAUCGUAGCUAGCACUCUUGUUUUAUCUACUGGGCGUAGCUCUGCUCUUUUACGUUUGGAAGAAAGAUGCAGGAAAACUGAGCCGCAGCCACAAAGAAAAUCUGGAAUUACCAUUGUUUGACUUGGCUACUGUUGUUAAUGUAAUAAACUAGGAGAAGGUGGCUUCGGAUCUGUCUUUAAGGGUAUGAUGGAAGAUGGACAAGAAAUAGCAGUGAAAAGGCUCGCAAGAGACUCUAUGCAAGGAAUUAAUGAGUUCAAAAAUGAGGUUGUACAUAUUGCCAAACUUCAGCACAGGAAUCUAGCGAAGCUUCUAAGGUGCUGCUUUCAAUAAGAUGAAAUGAUGCUGAUCUACAAAUGCAUUCCCAACAAAAGGUUGGACUUCUUUAUUUUCGGUUUGAUCACUGACAACUUUAUGUUUGGUUUUAUUGGUCCAUAUGGUUACGUGUCCCCAGAAUACACAAUUGAUGGGUUCUACUCGGUAAAAUCCAAUGUCUACAGCUAUGGAGUUUUGGUGUUAGAGAUAGAGAGUGGGAAGAGAAACCGAGGAUUCUCACAUCCAGGCCAAAAUCGCAACCUUUUUGGACAUGUGAGCUACAACUGUCAACUUGAAAGAAAUGUAUUGCUGCUUGAUUCUUCGUCUUCUUCUUCUAUAGAUUCAGUAAAAGUGAAUGUUUUCUUCUUUCAAGCAUGGAAGCUGUUCAUAGAAGGCAGGUCCAUCGAACUUCUUGAUCCAUCGGUAGAGGACUCUAGCACUCUACAUGAAGUUGUGCGACCGAUUCAUGUAGGUCUUCUAUGUGUGCAACAAAAACCACAAGAUAGGCCGAGUAUGCCAGCUGCUGUUCUAAUAUUGAGUGGUGAAGGUGCAUUGCCUCAACCUCAGAAGCUUGGAAUCUGACAGAACUUGAAGAUUCUACAGAUGAGGCUACAGAAUGUUCAGCUAAUGAACUCACUGUUACACUAGUGAGGGCUCAAUGAAUGUUGAUAUCAUGUUGAGUAUUCUCUGCCCUUCAUCCCCUUGCUUUCCUCUGAUAUGAAUUGGGGCUCAUUUGAAAGAUGAGUUACAAUCACAGACUUUUGUUAACACUUUAGGCCUAAUUAAUUAUUAACUUCUCAUUGGCACCAAUUUGAGUCUGAAUUAACCAAUGGGUUGAACCAGCCAACUCUUAGUAAAUGACUCUGUAAAACUGUAUAUGGAUGCCUAACCAGCCAUUUCAAUUGAAACUUCGACUGCUACUCUUAUAU